AUGGUCGCCCUGACAUCCCGACUGGCGCUGGCUCUCCUCGCCGCCUCCCCUCUCUCUGCUUCUGUGCUGCGCCCACGAGCCGGCGCCAACAGGCAAUGGGUCUCAGUCGACUCUGAUGGCAACGCGCGCACCUACAUCCCGACCUCGACACAGGUCAAUGGCGUUGCGACGACACUAUCAGCCGCCCCCUACAUCUUGACCGGCUCCGUCUUCACCGUCACGGCUACAAAUGGCGACGUGAGCACAAGCACAGGCGCCCCGCCUCCACCACGAGCCACUGACUCUGAUGGUGGUCGCGGCGUCUUCAAUGUCUGCAUGGACAAUGCCAACAGCCAGAUUGCCCCCUUCUGCCAGCCGCGCGCCCGCUCCGAGCUCUACGUCAAGGAACCGUACUACAUCACCUGGGACAGUAGCGGCUUCGGCGCAGACCUCAAUACAGUCGCCAACAUUGUCGGCCUCGCCGUGACCCGCCAGAGCGGCACCCCGACCAAUGCCGAACCCAACUUUAUCAUCAACGACACGACCAUCGUCCUCGGCAGGGGAUACUACGCCUGGACUCCCUCCGAAGCUGACCUCAAGGGUAGCACCGACUUCCACAAUGUCUCGCUCAUGCUGCAGUUUGUUUCUUCGGAAUCAAACGAGCUGACCAAUGUCACGGGGCCAACGAUUACCCUCCUUCCUGCGCGCGCCAACAUACCCGAGGAGCAUUCGGAUGAUGACGAUGACGAAGACGACGACGACGACGACGACGAUGAUGAUGAUGAUAAGAACGGUGGUCCGAAUGUGCUGGCGAUUGCCCUCCCCAUUGUUUUCGUGGUUCUCGCCAUUGCUGGUCUCGCUGCUUUCUGUCUAUUCCGUCGCAAGAGGAGGGGCGCUGCUGCUGGUGCUAGCAUCAACAGAACGAGCAGCGGCUUUGGCGCCCAAGCAGCUCACGACCAGCAUCUCGGCAGAAAGGACAACAACGACAUCCAACUCGAGGACAGGAGUGAUACCGUUUCGCCCAUUUCGCCUGCGAGCACAUCUGGCCGCAAUGUCUUCCAGGAGGAGGUCGCCAGGCAGGAGAGGGAAAGGGUGUAA